AUGAGAAUGUGCAUAGUAGUGCUACUGGUGCUGUUGAUCGUAGGAGGGUCUGUGGAGGGAAAACCUCAUCGGAUUCUGGUGGAUACAGAUGUUGACACCGAUGAUUUCUUUGCUCUUCUCUACCUCAUGAAACUCGACACAUCACAGUUUAAAUUGGAGGCCAUCACCAUCAGUGCAAAUGCUUGGACCAGUGCUGGGCAUGCUGUUAAUCAAAUUUAUGAUCUGCUUUACAUGAUGGGUCGAGAUGAUGUUGCAGUUGGAGUUGGAGGUGAGGGUGGAAUACUCCCAAAUGGUACCAUACUCCCAAACGUUGGUGGCUAUCUUCCAAUAAUAGAACAGGGAAUGACAACAGUAGGAGAUUGCAGGUACAGGCGGGCCAUUCCUGUUGGUCCUGGAGGACGCUUAGACAUCGAUGCCAAUUAUGGUAUCAGGAAACUUUUCCUACCACAGGGAGCUAGAAAAUACAGUCCACUAGAACAAGCAAGUGCACAGGAAGUGUUGAUUGAAAAAAUAUCUGGUGGUCCCAUAACCCUGCUUGUGAUUGGAGCACACACAAACAUUGGAAUCUUCCUAAUGAAUAACCCACACCUGAAAAAAAAUGUGGAGCGUAUUUACAUAAUGGGUGGGGGUGUAAGAUCAAGCAACCCUACUGGUUGUUGCCCCAAAAAUGCUUCAUCUUCCUGCGUGCCUCGUCAGUGCGGUGACCGUGGCAACAUGUUCACAGACUAUAAUACAAACCCUUUUGCAGAAUUCAAUAUUUUUGCAGACCCUUUUGCAGCAUACCAGGUGAUUCAUUCUGGAAUUCCUGUCACUCUUGUUCCUCUGGAUGCAACAAACACAAUCCCCAUCACCGAAGAAUUCUUUGAGGAAUUUGAAAAGAGCCAAGACACAUAUGAAGCACAGUACUGUUUCAAAUCCUUGAAACUGGCUCGUGAUACAUGGUUUGACAACGAAUUUUAUUCGAGUUAUUUUAUGUGGGACUCUUUCGCAGCUGGUAUAGCCGUCUCAACCAUGAGUAAACCCAAUAACAAUAAUGGUGAAAAUGAAUUUGCUGAAAUGGAGUAUAUGAACAUAACUGUAAUCACUUCAAACAAACCUUAUGGAGUAUCUGAUGGCUCUAACCCGCUCUUUGAUGGUCGAAGAGUUCCUAAGUUCAAUCUAGAAAAAGGUGGGGUGCACAGUGGCCAUAUUCACCAAGGACUUCGAGAUCCACAUUGCUUUGUGAAAAAUGGGAAAGGGAGAUGUCAGGAUGGUUACACAGAAGAAGCAAGUGGUCCAGACUCAGUGAGGGUACUUGUUGCUACAAAAGCCAAGCCUAACAAGAAUGUUCUGAACCAACCACAAAAUUCCGGGAGGUUCAACUUCACCACACAGUUUCCUUACUACAAAGAAGUAACUUACAAGCCAGAUUUUCAAAAUAAAGCACUGGGGAAACCUGUUGUGUUUGACAUGGAUAUGAGCGCAGGCGAUUUUCUAGCUCUAUUUUACCUCCUAAAAGUGCCUGUUCAAGUAAUCGACCUUAAGGCAAUCAUUGUGAGCCCAACUGGAUGGACUAAUUCAGCAACAAUAGAUUCCAUCUAUGACUUACUGCACAUGAUGGGUCGUGACGACAUCCCAGUUGGUCUAGGAGAUGUUUUUGCAAUGAAUCAGUCAGAUCCAAUAUUCCCAGCUGUUGGAGAAUGCAAGUAUGUAAAAGCCAUUCCCCAUGGAAAUGGGGGGUUACUGGACUCUGACACUCUUUAUGGUCUUGCCCGUGAUCUACCACGCAGCCCACGAAGGUAUACAGCAGAGAACUCUGUGAAGUUUGGGGCUCCUCGGGAUACGGAUCACCCUGAACUCAGACAACCACAGGCCAUGGAAGUUUGGGAGUCUAUAUUACAAACAAUUAAACCAGGGUCUAAAAUUACAGUAUUGACUAAUGGACCCUUGACUAAUCUGGCAAAGGUCGUAUCGGUGAAAAACAUGAGCUCAAGAAUUCAGGAAGUAUAUGUUUAA